CACGCACGCCCCACGGUUUCUUCUCCCUUUUCUUCUUGAACACCGAGACUAGCGUCCUUAUCCUCUCACACUACUACUACUGCUGCUGCUGCUUUUUAUAUAAUACAAUAUCUCUCUCCCUCUGACACACACUCUCCUCCAUAACCAUCCUUUCAAUACUUUCAGUUUCUUGAUAUAAUUCAGUCUCUUAUUCGGUUGAUACAAUGUCAAUGAUCAACGAAUGCCACUCUCCAUCUCUCAAACACAAGCUCAAAUCCUCAAUCUGCUGCUUCCCUUCUUCUCACCAUCACGAGACUCUUGGCGGCAGCGACGACAGCAGGAGGCAGCUGACGCCGAGAUCUCCGUACGCUUGGUUGAAAUCGACGGCUCAAGAAUUCGAGAUCAAGGAAAAAUGCUGGGGCUUGAUUGGGAGGAGAGGUAAAAAUCGAAGGCGUCAUAAUUCGGCUGAUUUUAGAUACGACGCCGCUAGUUAUUCUCUUAACUUUGAGGAUGAUAUUCAUAAAGAAGAUGAAUUGCCUCUUAACAAUUUCACCGCCAGGUUGCCUGCUACUCCUGAUAGAUUCACGGAGGUCGUACCACCGAGGCGUGUUCUCAUCGCUUUAUGAACAACCAAAAAAAAUUAUUAUUUUUUUUAAAUCUAGCUAAGCCUUGUGUAUAAAAUGCUCAAAAUUGAGUUGUAUUGUAAAGCGUAUUUCUUGUAAUUUCUUAAGUGAUCAACUGAAUCUCGACGUAAUAAUAGUUAUAUAACUUUUUAUUAUUA